AUGGGGAUCUUCAAUAAGCCUCGGAACAAUGUGGCUUCGCAGACUCCCGCAAACACGGCAACGCCUGUCAAGAAGGACCUGCAGGCGCCGCAGAUGACUCCGCUGGAGAAGCGGUUGCUGGAGAUGGGUGCGAUUCGUGAGGAUGGGAGCGACAAAUUCUUUGGCAUGGAAAAUUACGGAAACACAUGCUACUGCAACUCGAUCCUACAAUGUCUCUACUAUUCCGUUCCGUUCCGCGAGGCCGUGAUUAACUACCCGCGUCGCACCCCAUUGGAAAGCCUCGAGGCGGCCCUGGCGAGCAAUUUGCGCUACCAGAACCCUAACGCACACCUGGAAGCAGAGGCGCAGGCCGCGAAGCAGAAGAACACCACCCCAUCACCGUCCGCGCGCCAGGCCGGCGUGGCUCCCAACCAACCACAAAAACCCGAAGACAAGGAUUCACCAGAGUAUAAGAAGAAGGUGGCACUGCAGACGCUCCCGCUCCUAGAAACCAAGAACAACGCGACUAGCUACGGCAUGUCGGAAUCUCUCUUCACCUCACUAAAAGAUAUCUUCGAAUCGGUGGUGGGCAGCCAGUCGCGCAUCGGAGUAAUUCGACCACAGCAGUUUCUGGAUGUGCUGCGGCGCGAGCACGAAAUGUUCCGGACCGCAAUGCAUCAGGAUGCACAUGAGUUCUUGAAUUUGUUGCUGAACGAGGUGGUGUCGAAUGUCGAGACGGAGGCGACGAAGCAGACAUCCUUGCCACCCGCGGACAGUACGGAUUCCACGGAGCUGACGACGGGUAGCACGGGCUCGAAGUCCCCCAACACGACGAGAUGGGUGCAUGAGCUGUUUGAAGGCACGUUGACCUCGGAGACGAAAUGUCUGACGUGUGAGAAGGUCUCGCAGCGUGACGAAGUGUUUUUGGAUCUCUCGGUCGAUCUCGAACAACACUCCUCGGUCACCUCCUGUCUACGAAAGUUUUCGGCAGAGGAGAUGCUGUGCGAACGAAACAAGUUCCAUUGCGAUAAUUGCGGCGGUCUCCAAGAGGCGGAAAAGCGCAUGAAGAUCAAACGCCUGCCGCGGGUGUUGGCUCUGCACCUGAAGCGUUUCAAAUACACCGAGGACUUGCAGCGACUACAAAAACUGUUCCACCGCGUGGUGUAUCCUUAUCAUCUACGCUUGUUCAACACGACGGACGAUGCCGAAGACCCGGACCGGCUUUACGAACUUUAUGCGGUGGUCGUCCACAUCGGCGGUGGUCCGUAUCAUGGCCAUUACGUGGCCAUAAUUAAGACCGAGGAUCGUGGGUGGCUGUUAUUUGAUGAUGAGCUCGUCGAGCCCGUGGACAAAAACUACGUGCGGAACUUCUUCGGUGACCGGCCUGGCCUGGCAUGUGCCUAUGUCUUGUUCUAUCAGGAGACGACACUGGAAGCCGUUCUGCGGGAGCAGGCCCAAGAGGACCAGGCGGCUGCCGCGGCCGCCUCGGAAUCUGGUGAUGCUACAGCGAAGCCAAACGGUAACCCAGUGACCCAGGUGCAUAGUGCAUCUCAGGUGCCAACCGAUGAUCCCAACCGUGGCCCUCCUCUCAGCAAGAUACUGACCGCACCCAACAUGCCCACUCACACCGAAGUCCCUGAGCCUACCGUGUCUUCGCCAGGACCCGCUCAGGUGCCGCUGCCACCGAUCCCCGAUUCACCAGCUCCUAUUCUGAGCCCAAAGAAAAGUGACGUCCAGGCACGGAAGGAGAGGGCACGCGAAGAGAAACGUGAGGAGAAGGCUCGCAAGGCUGAAGAGAGGGAGAAAGAAAAGGAGAAAGAGCGGAAUGACAAGCUCCGCCGCAAAGAAUGGGAGAUGCAGCAGCGGCGUGAAGCUUCAGAGCUCAAGUUAGCUCUCGAGCUGAGCAAAGCCGACGCACCAGAGGUUGCCGCAGAGAACGGAUCGCCGAGGAAGUCAUCCAGCUUUGGCUUCCUCAAACGCAGCAGUCGCAGUUUCAGUCACCGGCUAGCAAAGGAUAAAGAACCACGCACGUCCACCUCGGAGCUGAAGAUUGGCCCGGUCCAGGAAGCAGCACCAGUGAAAGAAGAGCUUGAGCCGAUUGCUGACCAGCCGCCGGUGCUCCCGUCUGUGUUGCCACCUCCUGUGCCUCCCAAGGAUAACGCGCCGCCCCUCUCCGUCUCCAAGAAUGGCUCUCGGCCGGAACCCACCAUGACCAAAGAAGUCAAUAAUGGUAAUGGCAGCCACAACCACGAGAAGCACCCCCCGCGCUGGAGGUCAUUCAGUUUCAAGAAAUCCUGA